AUGAACAUGUUCGACCGCUUCAAGCGCGUCGCCAAGGCGAACGCGAACAACCUGCUGGGCAAGCGCGACCCGGAGAAGGUGCUGAACCAGGCCGUCGACGACCUCCAGAAGGAUCUGGUGACCAUCCGCCAGUCCUACGCCGAGGUCAUGGCGACGCAGAAGCGCAUGCAGCGCCAGAAGGACCAGGCGGACCAGCUCGCCGACGAGUGGUACAAGCGCGCGCAGCUCGCGCUCGAGAAGGGCGACGACGAGCUCGCGCGCGAGGCGCUGAGCCGGAAGACGCAGCAGACCGACGCGUCGGCGGGUCUCGACGAGCAGAUCGCCGUCCAGACCGACUCGCUGGCCAAGCUCUACGACUCCAUGACCCAGCUCGAGUCGAAGAUCUCCGAAGCCAAAUCGAUGAAGGACCAGUACAUCGCGCGCGCGCGCACGGCCAAGACGGCGACCAAGGUCAACGACAUGCUCUCCGACGUCGGCGGCUCGUCGUCCAUGGACGCCUUCGAGCGCAUGAAGGAGAAGGUCGAGAUGCUCGAGACGCAGGCCGAGGUCUCGGGCCAGCUCCAGUUCGGCGCGUCCACCGCGGACAUGGAGUCCAAGUUCAAGGCCCUCGAGGCCGGCUCCGCCGUCGAAGACGAGCUCUCCGCGAUGAAGCGCCAGCUCACGGCGGGCUCCGACGCGGCGCCCGAGGCCAAGGCCCUCCCGGCGACGCCCGGCGACGCGGCCGUCGAGGACGAGCUCGCCAAGAUGAAGAAGGCCGCCGAGGGCAACUAG